AUGCCCAGCCUCAUUGAAACCCCAGAGUCCCUCUUUACACCUAAAGUCCAAUCCAAACUCCUCUCCAGCCGCGAAAAAGCCUCGCGAGACUUCCGCUCAGAUGUCGUGACCGUCCCCAUAGAGGAGAUGAUGACAUCCAUCCUGGAAGCCUCUGUCAACGACGACAUCUACGACGCUGAAGGCGACCCAUCUGUCAAAGCCCUCGAGGCACGCCUUGUGGAAAUGACGGGCAUGGAGGCUGCGCUCUGGGCCGUCUCGGGCACGCAGGGGAACCAGAUCUGUCUGAGGACGCAUCUGACGCAGCCGCCGCAUAGUGUACUAUUGGAUCAUCGCGCUCAUGUGCAUUGCUGGGAGUCUGGGGCUUUGCCGGUGAUCUCUCAGGCGAGUGUCACGACGGUGCACGCGAAGAAUGGAGUGCAUUUGACGUUGGAGGAUGUUAAAAAGAAUAUCAUUGCUGAUGGGAACAUUCAUUUUCCGCCUACAAGGGUCGUCUCUCUUGAGAAUACCCUCUCUGGCACUAUUCUACCUCUUGCAGAUGCACAAGCCAUCUCCAGUUAUGUGCGCUCAUUCCCUGUUCCAGAAGGCCAGAAACCAAUCGCCAUGCAUCUCGACGGUGCCCGCAUCUUUGACGGCGUGGUUGGAGAAGGCGUUGAUCUAAAAGCCUACGCAGCCUGCUUCGACAGCAUAUCCAUCUGCCUGGCCAAGGGCAUCGGCGCGCCCAUGGGAAGCGUCAUUCUUGGUAAGAAGCCCUUUAUCGAGCGGGCCAAGUGGUUCAGAAAGAUGCUGGGAGGAGGAACUCGGCAACCGGGUAUGAUGGCUGCUGCGGCUUUGGCAGCGCUCGAGUAUAGCAUCCCGAGGUUUCCGUCGGUUCACGCCAUGGCAAAGUCUGCUGCUACACAACUCGAAGCAGUGGGUUACAAAUUCGCACUUCCCGUGCAGACCAACAUGAUCAUACUCGAUCUCGAGGCUGCUGAUAUUCCACCUGCGGCGUUUGUGGAAUACUGUGCUCAAGAUGGGAUCUCGGUAUUUCCCAUGGCCAGACUCGUCUUUCAUCAUCAGACAUCAGAAAGUGCUGUCAAGAACUUGGUGAAAGCAUUGUCGAGACUGAUGGAAGAUAAGAGGAAUGGAGUUGCCCUGAAUGAUGGUGAAGCCCACGGUGGAUAUAGUUAG